CCAACUUUUUUUCCCUUGGAGGGUGCAGCAAUGCGGCCACGCAUUCUCUGAACAGACGCGCCAACGUGACCGCGCCGUCGCAUAGCCACAGGAGUCCCGCCAAAGCAAGCGCAAGCACAUCGCCGCCAUGGCCUAUUCAAAAACACCCAGCGUCGCCACGGGCAUGAAGCCCAAGAACAAGAUCCGCCGCCAAGCUGCACAUCUCUCCAUCAAGAAGGCGCGCGAGGCCGACAAGCGUGACGCCAGGCUCCGUCGGAAGCGCGACGAGGCCAAAGAUGUGUCCCUGCGAGAAGAGCGUCUCGCGCGAAACGUGCCUAAGACAAUCGAGAGCAAGCGAGUGUGGGACGACGAGCCGGUCGGCGACGAGGAGGAUGCCUUGGGAUGGUCAGUCGACGUCGAGCGCCUGGCCAAGCGGAGAAAGCUGGAGCAGGAAGCGGCCGAGAAUGGCGACAACAGCGACGGCGACUCAGACGACGACGAAGAGGGCGUUCUAGCAAAGCUCAAGAAGCGCGAACAGCAAGAAGCAAACUCAGACGACGACUCAGACGACGACUCGGAGGCAGACAGCAUGCUCGAAUCAGACUCGGACGACUCCUCGUCGGCGCCCUCUCGGAAGCGCAAAUCCGCACCUCCAAUACGCGCCUCCAGCCCCAGCGCGACCUCGACCGCCACAAACCUCGAGCUCUCCCCCGAGUUUCUCAAGCAGAAAUUCCCACAACUCUUCGAGCCGGUCGCCGAGCCCAAGAUCCUCAUCACAACAUCCAUCAACUCAUCGCUUCACAAAGAGGCCGAAAUCCUCACAUCGCUGUUCCCAAACAGCACCUACAUCCGCCGCACCGCCCACGUGCACGCACACAAGUACUCCGUCCGCGAGAUUGCCCAGUUCGCGUCCGCGCGCGACUACACAGCCCUCGUCGUCCUCAUGCAAGCCGAGCACGAGAAGAAGCCCGACGGCCUCGACGUAAUAAACCUGCCCGACGGACCACACUUCCACUUCAGCGUCUCCAACUGGAUCGAGGGCAAGAAGCUGCCCCGCCACGCAAACGACACAGGCCACUACCCAGAACUCAUCCUCAACAGCUUCAAGACCCCGCUCGGUAUCCUCACCGCGCAUCUCUUCAAGGGUCUCUUCCCUGCCACCCCGGAGCUCGAGGGCCGCCAGGUCCUCACCCUGCACAAUCAGCGCGAUUACAUCUUCGUGCGCCGCCAUCGCUAUGUUUUCCGCGACAAGCGCGAGACGGAGAAGCCAGUCGUUGGCAACGACGGGAAACCCAUCAAGGGCGCUGAAGACAUCAAGGUUGGUAUGCAGGAGAUUGGACCCCGCAUGACGCUCAAGCUCCGCCGCAUAGACCGUGGCAUCCAGUUCAAGAGCGGCCAGGAAUGGCAGUGGAAGGGGCGGAUGGAGAAGAAGCGCACACGCUUCAAUAUGUAGGAACACGUACAGGUCGAUAUGUCGCUCAAUGCAAAGGAGACGUAUGCACGCCUUCAACUUGGCCAUGUCAUCUCAGUGUUUGUUGGCUUGUGUGUCCGUGAUUGAUAUCAAGACUCAGCUAGUAAUUCUCCCGCUGCCUACACGAAGCAACAUUCACCUCGCCCAGCUCCUCCUUCCCCUCUCAUAUCCCAAUA